AUGAAUGCCGAUGGAGAGGAUCCCAUUAAGGCAACUGACUCAUGUGAAGGAACUGUUUCUAGAAGUGAAUGGAUUCCUGAAGUAGAAGAAUCUAAAAAACCAAUUGUAGGGAAAACUAUAUUCUCUUCAUUGGAAGAGGCCUAUGAAUUUUACAAUAACUAUGCAAGAUGUGCUGGUUUUAGUGUUAGGAAAUGCUCUUGCAAGUAUGCUAGCGAAAGUAAGAUGGAUGAUAGCAGUAGUGAAAUGGAAGAUGAAUUAAACUUGAAGAAAAAUAGAUUGAUAGUUUGGAAAAGAUUUGUAAGUGCGAGAGAGGGAAAUACAAAUCAGAAGGCACAAAAGAAAAAAGGCCAACUAAAAAGGAGAAGGGGUGAAACAAGAGAUAACUGUCCUGCCGUUAUGAUUGUGGCGUUUCAAAAAUCCAUUUCUAAAUACAUAGUUAAAAAAUUCAUUGAGGUGCAUAGUCAUGACCUGGCCACACCUCGUAAGAAGCAUCUAUUGAACUCCCAUCGUAUGGUGACGAAAACGCAAAGAAGCUUACAAGACGACUUCCAAGCAUCCAACAUUAAGACGACACAAACAAUGGCCGUUCUUUCAGCACAGUUGGGUGGGUACGAAAAUAUAGGUUGCACUGAAAAAGACUUGACAAAUUAUGAAAGGGAUAAGAGACAGAAAUCCAAGGGUCGUGAUGCUCAGAUGUUGUACGAACAUUUUGAAGAAAUGAAAGAGUUGCAUCUAACAUUUGAAUAUGAAGUGAAAGUUGACGAAGAAAAUAGCUUAUUACAUUGUUUUUGGGCCGAUCAUAUUGCACGUCAGUCGUACAAAUAUUUUGGUGAUGUUAUAGUCUUUGACACUACUUAUAAUACCAACCAGUAUGGUUUGAUAUUUGCUCCAUUUACGGGAGUAAAUCAUCAUGGGCAGUCUAUUACUCUUGGAUGUGGUUUCAUACACGAUGAAACCACUGAAUCUUUUAUUUGGUUGUUUGAGUCGUGGCGUAAAGCGAUGCAAGGAAAGUCACCUAAAGCCAUAAUAACAGAUCAAGAUCCAGCAAUGACGAAGGCCAUUUCUAUUGUAUUUCCAAAUACAUUCCAUCGGUAUUGUAUUUGGCAUAUAAUGCAGAAGGUACCUAAGAAAUUAGGAGCCAUCGUACAUAGGGAUGAAUUUAUUCGACCAUUCAAUGAUUGUGUAUGGAAUUCGCAAACGUCUGAAGAUUUCGAAGAUUCAUGGGAAAAAUUGAUGACAGAGAAUGGUUUGGAAGAUAAUGUAUGGUUGAACUCUAUAUAUGCAAUCCGCCAUAAAUGGAUACCCGCAUUUGUAUGGCAUGUAUUUUUCGCGGGUAUGUCAAGUAGCCAGCGCAGUGAAAGUAUGAAUGCAUUCUUUCGUAGUUAUAUCUCGAAACGUAAUUCAUUUAUAGAUUUCAUUGUUCGGUUUGAUAGGGCACUUGCUCGCCAAAGGCAUAACGAGCUUGCUGCAGAUCAUGAAACGAUAAGUAGUAAGCCAAAGUUAAAAACGCCAUGUGAAAUGGAAAAAGUAAUGGGCGAGACAUACACGAGGAGGAUAUUUUAUAAAUUUCAGAAUGAAUUAUUUGAAGGAUUGGAUUAUGUUGCAGAAGGUGAAAGGGAAAAUGAUGAUAUUUAUGUCUAUAACGUAUUCAAAGUUGCAAGCUUGGAAGAAAACGAUUGCGACCGAGUGGUUAGAUAUGAAGUGAGUAAAAAACAUGCUGAUUGUAGUUGUCUCAAAUUUCAGUUCGAAGGUAUACCGUGUAGACAUAUAUUAUGCGUACUUCGACAUGUUCGUAUACCUAUAUUGCCAGAGUAUUACAUUUUGAAGAGAUGGACACGGUAUGCAAGAGUAGGUUCUAUUCACGACAACGACGAGGUAUCAAUCAAGCCAGAUUGUGAUGAUUCCAUCUCACUACGUCAUAGUGAUUUAUCUCAGAUUUGCCGAUUACUUGUCGAUGAAGGGUCUUCCUCAAAACAAGGGUAUCUCUUGGCUAAGGAAAGGUUGUAUGACAUUUUAAGGGAUGUUCGAAGUAUAGAGUCGGAACCAUGUACUGAAAUUAUAAGAAAACCAGCAAGGAAGCCAACUAGAAAGCAGAAAAUGAAAAUCAAUGAUCCAAAACCUGCCAAAACGAAAGGAACCGGAAAGAGAAUGAUAUCCGAGAGGGAAAAGGGUUUUAAAAAGAAAAAGGAUCAAAGAAGAUGCAAUGGUUGUGGUAAGCGUGGAAAGAAGCAUGACAAAAGAAAUUGUCUAGCAUUAUGUGAUACACGUACUUCUGUUAUAGAGCAUGGAGCACAAGGUUUCGAUCGAGAAGUUUCUUAG